AUGCGCCAGUCUGUCGCCUCGUCGCGUUCGUCGCACGUCCCCGGCCAAGCUCCAAAUGCAGCAGCGACCGCCCGCCUCACAGAGAAGAAGAAAGAGUUUGAGGCGGUCUCGGCGUUCGAUCGUGCGAGCGCGAUGUUUCUCAAGCGCAUAGAGGGCUUAGCGGACGACUGCGAUAUCAUGGCGGAUGCUGGCAUGGGC